AAUCAUCUCUCGCACGGUAGCGUGCUCAAGUUUUUUCUCGGCUAUUAGCUACAGUAUAAUUAAAAGUCUACUAAUCGAAUUAUUAGAAUUAGUCUACUCGAAUUUUAUAUACAUAUAGAAAAAAAUAACCUCCUAUUUUUUCUUUGAUAUAUACUCGGGGAUGCGCCAAUAAAAUAUCGAUGCUUGACCCGAACAUAUAAAAUUGUAUUUCAAAGAUAUACUUUAAAUAAUAAUUACGUGUGAAAUUUAUAAUACCGUCUUAAUAUUGUGAAUAUAUUACAAGAAUCGAUUUUUUAUUGUUGAUUUAAAUUAUAUUUUUUAUUUAUGGCCGCUUCUAGAAACUGAUGCGCGCGCAUUCAGUGUUCCAUGUUUCUAAACAUGGCAGGUCGCAGUGGAUUUGACGAUGUUAAUUCCAGAGAUUUCGGUGGCGGUAGACGGACUGCUGGGGGCCGUCCUCUCCCCUCUGAACCUCCUUACAAGGCUUACGUCGGUAACUUACCUUCCGGACUCAUUCAAGGCGAUAUAAACAGAAUUUUCCCUGUGAGAUUUAUCAAUAAAAAUGUACGCUUGGUUAUGGAUAAAGAAACAGAUAAAUUCAAAGGAUUUUGCUAUGUGGAGUUCGAGUGUCUGGAAGACUUGAUGAAGGCAAUUGAAAUGAAUGGAGCUAUUAAUGUAGAUGGAAAUUUAAUCAAAAUUGAUGUAGCCGAAGAAAAAAGAAAUGACAGAGUGGGAUUCGACCGUGGCCGACGAGAGGGCGGCGGCGGGCGCGAGGGAGGUCGCGGCGGCGGCGGCGGCGGCGCUGGCGGUGGCGGCUUCAGGAGAGACGGCGGGCGCGGUACGUACGACCACUUCGACGCGCUCGACCGCCGCGCGCCGCGCCACCAGGGUGGAGGGUUCACGCACGAGCGCGAACGUGAGCGGGGAGGAGGCGGCGGCGGCGGUGGCGGCGGCGGCGAGCGGUGGGGCGAGCGCGACGGCGGCGGGCGAGCCUCGCGCGGCGCGUCCGAGGAGCCGCGCGGCGCGGGCGAGUGGGGCCGCAUGGGCCGCUCCGGCUCCAACGCGCCCGCCGCGCGCCGCCGCGGCACCUACGACGACAUGCCGCCCGCGCGCCCAGCCCUAGACUUCUUUAGCUUACACGUCGGCAGACCGAAGCUGGUCCUAGAGCCACGUACAGUGAAGGAGCCCGUGAACUCGCUGGCGUCGACCAGCCAGGCCUCGUCGAUAUUCGGCGGCGCGCGGCCGCGAGAAGAAAAGACUCAAAGAGCUGGCGGGCGAAUAGGAGCCGCAUCCGCUACACUCACACCCGUACACUUACUCUUCUUUCCCGGUUCUGUGUGUAUAUGUAUCGUCCCGAUCCCGCAUUGUGUGCUCCGAUUUUUCCAAGUGCAUUCUGAAAUUGUAUAUGAAUACGAAGGAUUUUGUUAG